UUGUUUUCAUGCUAAAAGAGUAAGCUAAAGUAGCAUGAGAAAAAGAGUGACUGGGUUGGAGGUAUAUCAUAAUGACUUCUAACAACUACUUAUUUUCAAUAAAACAAUGUACAAAAGAAAUGUUGCUUAUUGUAUGGAACCUUGGAGCACCUUCUGGUGACUGUUUUUGAUUUAAAAAAAAAAUGAAAUUGCACAUUUUUAAAGAUCAAAGAACUGUCUGGAAGAAAUAGUAACCAUUAGAAAUGGCAAUGCUGAACCACACAGAGAUCAGUGAGUUCAUCCUUUUGGGCCUCACCGAUAUCCAAGGUCUACGAUACUUUUUCUUCAUCUCCUUCCUGUUGCUCUACCUAACUAGUCUUCUGGGAAAUGGUGUCAUUGUGACCAUGGUGAUAUCUGAGCCACGGCUCCACACACCGAUGUACUUCUUCCUGGGGAACCUUUCCUGCCUGGACAUUUUCUACUCUACAGUUACUGUUCCCAAGAUGCUGACUGGUUUUCUCUUUGGGCAUCAGCCUAUUUCUCUUGCUGGGUGUUUGGCCCAGCUCUACUUUUUCCACUUUCUGGGCAGUACUGAGGCUGUGCUCCUGGCCACCAUGGCUUAUGACCGCUAUGUGGCUAUUUGCAACCCGCUGUGCUACACCCUUGUCAUGAGCCCAAGGACUUGUCUGCUGCUGGCUGUGGCCAGCUGGUCCAUUGGUUUUGUACAUGCCAUGAUGCAUUCAAUUAUGACCUCUCAACUGAGUUUCUGUGGGCAUAACCAAAUUCAUCACUUUUUCUGUGAUAUCAAGCCACUGUUGAAUUUGGCUUGUAGCAGUACCAGCCUCAACAUGAUCCUCCUUAAUGUUGUCACCACAUCUAUUGCUCUAGGCCCAUUCAUUCUCAUAGUCCUUUCCUACCUGUACAUCAUCUCCUUCCUCUUCCAGAAAGUCCAGUCUAAGGAAGGAAGAUGGAAGCCCUUCUCCACCUGUGCCUCUCACCUUACUGUUGUGGCACUAAUGUACAUACCACUGUUCUUCAAUUAUACACCUCCAUCCUCGAGCAGCUCCUCCAUAACGGACAUGCAAGUGUCUGUCAUGUACAGUGCCAUCACCCCAGCUCUGAACCCCUUGAUCUACACUCUUAGGAACCAGGAGGUGAGAUCUGCCCUGAAUAAAACAUUAGGGAGAAAACUAUUCUGGUGGAAAGUGACCAAAACAGGAACAAGAUUCAAAAUGUGGUUACUCUACCAUUCAUAUUUAUAAGAGAAGGGAUCAAAAGGAUGCUGUAUUACAAGAGACUAAAAAAUCACUCAUUAUCUCAUGUAGUUCAGCACAUAACAAUUUAAUUGCUUAGAUGUAAAUCAGGGGAGAUAUUCAAGGCCUUGAUGCUUAUUCUGUCAGUGUAGAUGUCUUAUUGUAGCCCAUCUAGUCUCCAGCAUCCGAUACAGAAGCAUGUUUGUCUCUUGCAGGAUAUGAACCGAAGCUGACAGUCUCAUUCAGUAGUCCUGGAUAAUACAAAGUAUUACAUUAGUACUUGAUGGCUAUGUUUAGGAAGCUGAAUGACUCUCCUCACAUGCAGGCACUCUGUAUAUCCCAGUAGAGCUAGUAUGUGUUACGUUUUGGGUGUUGCAUAGCCUGUGAAUUUUGCCAACAUUUGACUUGAGUCAGCUCUUUUUGGGGGGGUCCAUAUCUGUUCAUUAAGGGGAGCCUUACUAAUGAACGUGUAUUUAAAUGUAUGCUUAAAAAUGGAGAUGAGCAGAAAGUGUAUAUUUUUAGACAACUACAUUGAGACCUUUCACCUGAAUUCCACUCUCCUGCCUAUCUUCUACUCUUCUGCCCAUCUUUCUUACUCCUGGCUGCGCUAAAUACUUUCCUCAAGAUUUCUAAAGAUGCUGACCCCCAACUUCUAAAAAAGGCAUCAUGAACAAGGCAGACAUUCUCGCUGUCAUCACACUGAACACAUCACACUGAACAGUCAGCUAGAAAUUCCACACCCACUCUGAGCACUUGGAUGCUCCUUCCAGCACUCUUGGACUUAAAGAAUAACUGCGCCUGAGGCAGACAGAAGACUUGACAAGGUUUUUUAUAUACACUCAGAAGAAAUGGUAUGUUGUGGAGUAAUGUUUUGUGACAAUGUAUGUAGGAAGAUACAAGACAAAUUUCAAUACCAGCUUUACUGCAAUGCAGGGUGAAUAGGAAUGAGCAGGAAUCAGGUAUAUAGCUAACAUCAGCACUCGGACAUGCAGUCCAUGAGUCCAUGAAAAAAAACUUUUUUUUUUUUUCUUUUUAGCUAGAAAAUUGCAAAUUACCUGUUUCCCUCCCUGCAAGACCUACCUGGUGUUCGGUUCUGCACUGGUACAGAAAGAAACUGUAAUCUACACCGAGCUUGCAAAGGCUAUAUGUGUGCUGUCUUUGAGAACAAACCAGAGAGAGAUCUCAGCUACCAACUUGGUGUGCAAACUGGCAUUUGCUGAAAAAAUGAUAGGUUGCACCUCAUAGAAUAAACUACCUGUAAUGACAUGGCAUAUGGUUAGAUCUCUAUUGGGUCCCAUCUUGUAUGCAGCCAUCUAGCACAACCCCAAAAAUGUUGAUGUUCUUAUUUAAAAUUUUCAGUUCAAAAAA